CCAUCUCCUUUCACUUGUUCUGCAAUUCUCGCCUUAAAAGUAUUCCCGCCGCAAAAGCUCUGAAAUUGAGAGCGAACUCAUAUUAAGUUAAACUGUACUGAAUAUUAAGUUAAGUUGUACUGAAACUGAACAUUGAGGACUCUGCGAAUAGAAUAUCGCUGUAUCGCGGUUUGUUCAUCAACUAUUGAUCAAAAAUCGCUGAACUGAUCUUACCAUAAGAAAACGAAGAACGAGACGGAGGGAAAUGAUGGAGAUUUUUGGGACAAAGUUCGCGCUGCUGAACGUUUCAUUGAAGCGAAGAUUGGAAACGCUUGCAGUUGCGGUGUACUUUUCUGUUUUCUUAUUUGUAGUCUUCACGGGAUAUUUCGGAAAAUAUGUUAUCGGAAUAUAUUGCAUCAUUUAUACGAAGAUUCUGCGCUACAUCGUGUUGCUCUACGUCAUCUGGAUGUACUAUGACAACAACAUGCACUAUGACGAUUUGAUGCAUGUCGGCGACAAAAGGGCACGAAUCAGACAGUGGUUAAGAACGUGUACAUUCAAGCGUUUCAUUUGCAACUACUUUCCUAUAAAACUAGUGAAAACCACCGAUUUGGACCCGAACAAAUCAUAUUUAUUUUGUAAUUUUCCACAUGGGAUAACGUGUACGGGAAUUUGGUUUGCCUUUGGUACAGAUAUCAUCGGAUACCACCAAUUGUUUCCGGGUAUCGAAAUACGUAUAAUCAUAUUGAAUCGACAUUGGACGACACCGAUUUUCAGAGAGUACAUUCGCGUCACUUAUUCUGUUGAUAGCAAUGCAGAGAGCAUGAACCGGAUACUAUCGAUGAAACCUAAGGCUCCAUACACCGGAAGAGCAUCAGUUCUGAUGCCCGGUGGAGCAGCAGAAAUGAUGGAAUCCAAGCCGGGAACUUAUCGUGUCGUUACACAUAGGAGGAAAGGCUUCGUAAGGAUCGCACUGAGAAAUGGCGUUCCCAUUGUUCCUGUCUGUUCGUUCGGAGAAACGGAUAUAUAUGACACAGUGAUCUUUCCGGAAGGCUCGCUUAUGAAGAAAAUUGUAAUAUUCAUUCGUAAAAUAAUUGGUAUCCCCCCCAUGAUUCUCAUAGGCUGGGGAUUCUUCCAGAAUUAUUUCGGUAUCAUACCACGCCGAACACCAAUCACUGUCGUUGAUGUAUGUGAUAAUCUAAUAUAGAUUAUUAGAAUUUUAACAAUUUCCCUUUUAUUACACGAUUUUCCUGGUAGAGAUCCGGAGUAGAAUUCAGCAAAAUUCGAAACAUACCAAGAACAA